AUGCACCGCGCUGCCUCCAACCAGCGCUCGGUCUCCUCCUCCUCGGGCUCCUUCCAGCCGCCGCCGCCGCCGCCGCCGCCGCCGCUGCCUCCGCACGCCGCCGACCGGCAGCCCCUCUUCCCGGGGGGCUCCAGCAGCGGCGGCAGCCGGCGGGGCUCGGCGUCCAGCUCGGGGCGGCGCUGGGGCUUCCAGGCGCUGUCCCUGGUGCUGCUGCUGGGGCAGGGAGCGCUGCUGGACCUCUACCUGAUCGCCGUCACCGACCUGUACUGGUGCAGCUGGAUCGCCACCGACCUGGUGCUGGCGGCCGGCUGGGGCAUCUUCUUCUGCCGCAACAGCCGGGCGCGCCGCCGGGAGCGGCCCCCGCCGCCCCCCGGGCCGCCGCCGCCGCACCCGCUGCUGCUGCACGGCCCCCCCGGCGGCCGCGGGGCCGGGGGCCGCGGGGCCGGGGUCGCCCCCCGCGGCGGCGACUUCGCCUACGCGCACCUCGCCUGGCUCAUCUACUCCAUCGCCUUCACGCCCAAGGCGGCGCUGAUCCUGGGCACCUCCAUCCUGGAGCUGAUCGAGCUGCGCCUGCCGCUGGGCACCACCGGCUUCCGCAUCACCCUGGCGCUGUCCGCGCCGCUGCUGUACUGCCUGCUGCGGGCCAUCGGCACCGAGGGCUCCGGGCAGCUGCUCCUGCCGCCGCAGCCGCCGCCGCAGCACCGCGCCGCCGCCGCCUUCCUCGCCACCUGCCUCGACCUGCUCGACAGCUUCUCCCUGCUGGAGCUGGUGCUGCAGCCCGGCCGGCCGGCUCCGCUGCCCGCCCCGCUGCGCUACCUGCUCAUCGCCGUCUAUUUCCUCUGCCUGGCCUCGCCGGUGCUGUGGCUGUACGAGCUGAGCGCCGCUCGCCCGCCCGGCGCCGCCCGCCUGGCCCUGCACCUCCUGCUGCCCGCCGGGCUGCUGGACGCGCCGCUGCUGGCGCUGCGCUGCCUGCUGCUCCUGCGCUACCAGCAGCCGCUGUCCCUCUUCAUGCUCAAGAACCUGUUCUUCCUGACCUGCCGCGGGCUGGAGGCGCUGGAGACCUGCUGCCUCCUCCGCCCCGCCGCCGCCCCGCCGCCCGCCAAGUACGGCCCGGCCGCCGCCGCCCCCGCCGCCGCCCCGCUGGCCCACGGGCUCUCCGAUGUGGACGUGGGUCCCCACGGGUACGUGAACGCCUUGGCGGUCACCGCCCAGGGAUGA